UCUAGAUUAAUUUUCUGAACCUGGAUUUAAAGGUUAAAAUCCCGCGAUUAACUCGAAACAAAUUCUCAUUUGUAACUGUAAAAUAAUCAUUUCUAUGAUGUUAAUUUAACUAAAUUGUAACUUAAUAAUUGGGUCCAUAAAAAAUGGAGAAUUCUCCGUAUGGUUACUCAUCGAACGAGGUGAGUGGAGAUGAAGCGAUUUUAAAGUACGAUAACGAUUUGAAGAUAGUGGAAUCUGUCCAGAAAAUAGAACAUACUGCCGAUUUACCCUAUGAUUUUUCCAUAUCAAACACCUUCAGUGACGGAGUUAGCACUUUCACUGAUAAUCUGAGCACAGCAACUUUGAAUGAAGGAUUCAGUGACGGCCUGGGUACAAAUACCUUUGGAGUAAUAAAUUCUCAAGCGGUUUGCUCAAUUUUAGAUAAUAAUGAAAUCUCACCUCAGAAAAGACUAAUGCUCUGGCACUCUCUGUGCUCCAGAGAAUACCUAGGCAUCUUUUCAUCCUUAGGAGUUAGUGAUACCGUAUGCCUAAUCCAUGCAGAAUCGUUAAUAGUUUACAUUUGUUGUAUGGCGCAUAAACAGGGACAUAAUUUACUGGACUUUUCUAACGGUCCACAUACUCUACAGUUUACCUACAGAGUUGACAGAUUUCUCAAGAAUUUUAUGAGAUGUGGUACGGUCAAGUUAGUAUUUUUUGAGGUGUUUAAAAAGGUGUUUGAUCCGACUCAUGUGGUCGGAGAUGAGGAGGAAACGUUUUUUGAUGGUUACUUGUAUUAUAGGCAAUUGUUGCUAUGUCAUUUUAAACAAAAUAAUGUGCCGUUUUUAGUAUUUGAUAACUGGAUUAACGAUGCUAAAUUCCAGCAAUACUUGGCUGAAAAUGAGCCAACAUGUAUACUACUAGAAGACGGUUCAUCAUUUGUAUACAUUUUUGACACUGUAUAUGAACUAUUGGAUUUACCCUGUAAAGGUAAGGAGAAUUUACAAAAUCAAGCGAAAUACUUGGAAUACUUGGCUAACCAGGUAAAAAUUGAUCGGUACUCCAGCGUGGUCCACACUCUAAUUUCACAGAGUUUAUCAAAUAGUUUAUCUGUAGCAUAUUUUUUUGAUAUCACAAGACAUUCUGAGGAUUUUAAAGCUUUCAUCUCUUUCUCAUCCAAUACUCACAUUCCCACAUCAAUACAUCAACAGUCACUCAUACUGACCACACAGUUGUACUCUCUCAACACCACAACUGAGGAGAAUAAAGAUAAUACUACGGAGAAUAAAGAUAAUACUACGGGGAAUAAAGAUGACAAAGUGGGUACGGAGAAUGUGGUAGAGAAAUUGUACGGGGAAGUGAGUAAGGUGAUGGAUCGCCGAAUCCAUGUGCGUGAUUUGGUAGUGUGUAAUUACUUGGUUGAGUUUGUAAAGUUAAUUAACCGUUCAGAGACGUACAACUCAGUGGAAACGGGAACAGAAGAGGAAAAGGCGCAGAAUCAACUAUUCAUAUUAACGUUUAAAUGCCUGCUGGUACAUAAUUAUAUGCUGGAAAAUGUAUCCCUGAGGGAACGCUGUACAAAAAGAGUUGAUGUUUCAGACUGGGACUUUUACACUGAAGAUAUCGCAGCCACUAUAGAUUUCAUGUGCUACUGCUCUUAUCCACUGUUUAACUCGUUGUAUACUAUGGGCGAUUCAGCUAAGUUAGAUAAUUUCGAUAGGACUGUGAAUGACAUAUUUGACGGGAAUUUGUUUAGUACGAUUUUGUACUUGUUGGUACAGUAUGCACAAGCACAUGAGGACCAAGUUGACGGAUCUUUCCUAAAUCUGGGCCAGAAUGUGGUAAAGGAAUUUGACUCUGUUUUUCAACACUUCACAGGGGAUAAAGCUGUAAAAUUCUUUCCAAUCAAAUUAAAUUAUCUCACAUAUCAGUUGACUAAUCCCGUAACCACUGUAAAGAGUGAAAUCACACAGCUUAAUCAUACCAAUGCCAAUAGCAUCAAUGGUUCCCGUGAGGAUGUCACAACAGAUACCACUACCUAUGGUACAACAGAUGCUAAAACUGAUCCUACAACCUAUGGUACAACAGAUUCUAUAACAGAUCCUACAACCUAUGGUACAACAGAUUCUAUAACAGAUCCUACAACCUAUGGUACAACAGAUGCUAAAACUGAUGUAACAGGAUCUACGGAAUAUUUGGGGGACAUUGGGAGUAAAUAUUUGUAUGUGAAUAAUUCGUUUAUAAAUUUGUAUUACAAGUUUGAGAGGAAGGACUUGAAGUGGACAAGGGCGAAAUCGGUGGAUGAGUUAGUGAUGUUUAGUAAGCAUUUCUGGCGCGAUCCUUGCAGUAUUUCAGAGCGUAUGGAGUGUAUUGACUUCCAUAUCAACUUUGACCUCAAGGAGAAGCAGCAAGACUUAACCAAAUACACAAGGAGAAGUAUACAAAAUCAGUCGAGUUUCUCAUUUUUGCUGUCAAAGUAUUUAGGCUCCAGUAACCUUCAUCACCCAAUUGUUAUUAAAUUGGAGCAUUUCUGGCUACAUAUCAAGUAUGUCAACCUGGUAAACUAUUCCAAACUCCUGUCAAUCAAAUCCACAGGGAGAGAAUUGGGAAAAUCAACCAAACACACAAAUCACAAGGAAAAGAAAAAUGUUAACAAGAAGAUUGAUAGAUUGAGUAAGAAUGACAGAUUGAGUAAGGGUGACAGAUUGAGUAAGAAUGACAGAUUGAGUAAGGUUGAGUUGAUGAAGUUGAAGAACGUGGAGAUGCAGGAGAAUAAGAGGCUGGAGAGUGAUAAUAACACUUUGGUGAGGUUAGAAAAUAAGCUGGCGCAGUUAUUUAACAAUGAUAAAUCAUUUGAUGACAUGUACACAAAUAUACUUGACAGCACAGAUGGUCCAAACAGAGCUGUAGACCUUCUGACCGAUUUCAAGUGGGUCAAAGGAGUCCUCUCAACAAGAAAUGUGCAACUCCUGUACAUCUACAAGAUGAUACAAAGGCUAUACAACUGUUUCUCAUCAUACAGAUUAAGAAUUGUUAUUAAUCAUCCGAAUUCUUUUAGGAGGCUGUUGACAAUUUUGCUGAGGCUUAUUUUCAUUUAUUAUCAACACUACAGUGAGAUUAUGACGAGGGAAAUUGUUCUGCUGUUGUACACAUUUUUAUACCAACUUAACUUUCAAAGUUAUGCAAAGAAUUUGGUUAACAAUUUUAAUACACAAGUGAGCAGGGAAUCAACUGACACUUUUAACAGAAUUAAGCCCGUGGAUGGUAAAAAGAAAGGCUCAAAACAGAAUAAUCCAGAGCCAAACCUAAUCAGUGAGAAGGGAAAAUCAGAGCUAAAUCUAAUCACUGAGAGGGAAAUGGACAGGGUAAAAAAGGAUCAUGAGGUAUGGGACUUUGCAAUAUUUGAAGGUACUGAGUACGACUACAUGUUAUGUUACAUGGGAGACGUGUUUGAGAGGACUUUGGGAAGCACAAAUGACCCGAGGGUACUUUUUAGACCCGACGCAUGGCAGAAGAUGUUACUGGACAUUGUUGACGCUAAAGAAUCUGCGUUAGUAGUGGCACCAACGUCUACGGGUAAAACUUACAUCUGCUACUACGCAAUGGAACAGGUUUUGAGGCUGGAUGACCAGGGGAUGGUCAUUUACGUAGCACCUAAUACUGCCCUGGCACUCCAGGUAACUUAUGAAAUUACCGCCAGAUUCAGCUCCAAAUACUAUACGAACCCGAACCUGGCGUUAAGUUCCACGUUUCUGGAAAAGUUCCACGAUCCCAAGUGGUACUCAAGCCAAAUCCUGGUAACAGUGCCCACAGUGCUCGAGAAGUUACUCAUCUCAAUGAGGAACAGCGAGGCUAAUUUCAUAAGCAGAUUAGAAUAUGUAAUCUUUGACGAAGUGCAUUGCAUUGCAGAUUUGGAACUUGGCUCGUUUUUAGAACGAUGCAUUCACCUGAUACCCUGCCCAUUCAUCGCACUGUCCGCCACCAUCGGUAACGCCACACAGUUCCACCAAUGGCUAUCCAACAUCACAACAUACAAUAACUCACCAAUCAAUCCGCAAAACACUGUAAAUGAAGGUAAUAUGGUAAAUAAGGGUAAUAUGGGUCAGAGUAACAUAAAUGAGGGUAACACGGUAAAUCAGGGUAACACGGUAAAUCCACAGAACACGGUAAAUCAGGGUGAUAUGGGUCAGGACCUCGACCAGUUAGACAAAAAGAGUAAUAAAGUCCAUUUUAUAAUGUUUGAUGAGAGGUUUUCGGACUUGAAACUUGAAGUAUAUUUCCCGGCCACAUACUCGGAAAAUUCUGUAAAUAGGAAAAACAGGUUAAUGGCGUUUAAUCCAGUGUGCUGUAUGUCAUAUAAUGAUUUAUAUAACAACGGGUUCCCAAACGAUGUUUAUCUCACGCCAUACGAUUGUUAUCUACUCGUACAGUCGCUCAUAUUAAGCCUGAGUGAUACAUCGGGAGUUAACGUUAAUACAGCAAAUUCUGAGAUAUUAAAUUCUAUGAUGUAUUUAAUGCCUGGUAACUACUUUGAGGGAUGUACGCUGAUAACAAAGAGACAGUAUAGAUAUUAUUUACAGGCGUUAAAGGUUGAAUUGACAGGUCAAAUCCAGGCUGGUAAUAUCAACUCUGCUACCUAUGACAGAGUUUUACAUUACGUUAAUUUAUUACCCACCACCACACACUCGGGUGAUUUAGACGCGAAACAUAAACUUUAUCCUCUUUUACACAAUUUGAACAAUCAGAUUACUCAGAUUAAUCGUGUGAACCACGUCAACCACAUCGUAGAUAAAGAUGUGGAGAAAGAUGUAGAACAUGGUGUGAAUGAGGAAACGGUGGAAAGUGUUAGAGAGCGAAUGGAAGAGAGAGAUGUGUUUGGAUUAUUGGAUGACAUGGAUUACUUGGAGUAUCUGAAUGAGAGGUCAUUUUACGAGAUGCUCAAGAGGCUGCAGAGUAGUAGAAGACUCCCAUGUCUAGUCUUCAUCUUGGAUAGGAAUAAGAUGGACCACGUGCUAACAAGUGUUACUAAACUGCUGCUACGCUUACAGUGGGAAAAGUUCUUUGGAACACCCGAGAGAACCUUGGCGACUAAGAUGGCAAACAAGGCGAGGAUGGACAAGUAUCAGAUGCAGCUCCGUCAAUACGAGUCUGAAAAGAAGAUGCGAGCGAGUGCCACAAAGGAGCAGAGAGAAUUGGAGGGAAUAACAAGUAACAUGGAAUUAGAAGUGCCAGUGGAGCCUGUAGACGUGUCUCAGGACUAUGACCCCGAAUUCUACUUUUAUAACAGGAAAAUAUACAUCAACUACACUGACGAGAUUGAUAAAUUCAUCAACGUAGCAGCAAACAGUAUAAGUAACAGGAAGAACUCAAACCUAUUUAUCGAAGCGUUAAAGAGAGGAAUAGGAAUACACCAUGAGGGGUUACCGCACAAGUUUACUAUUCUCACUGAGACGUUGCUGAGGCUGGGAUUUUUGAACGUUAUUAUAAGUUCCAAAUCACUGGCGUUUGGGAUUAACGUCCCGUGCAAGUCUGUGUUAUUUUGCGGAGACAACUAUGAACUCACGCCGCUCAUGUAUAAACAGAUGUCAGGACGCUGCGGCAGGAGAGGAUUUGACCUCUCAGGACAUGUCAUCUUCUGGUCAAUUCCCAGAAAAAGAAUUAAACAACUGCUGCUCACACGGUUACCGACGCUUAAAACUGAUACCAAUAAUAUUAAUCUGUCCAUACUACUGACAAUUCUGUCCUCCUUCUACACGCUGAUAAUAAGGUCAAACACCCAACAGCCGUUAAACCUCCAGUUCCUAAAUAGAAAAGGCGAAGAUUACGUAGACGUAAGAGAUGACUUAAUCAACAGCAGCAGAAGACUAGUGAUAGAACCUAAGUUACUUGUACAGAGAUUAUCAUCAAUUAUGAAUAACUCGCUCAACUUCUACUGUCACACACAAUCACACACACAUGGUGACUUAGUUAACGGAAAAUUAGCCCAGGAUAGCUCAGUAAACUUGGAUAACUCAUUUAACGGAGUAACCCAGGGUAAUACUUCUAACGUGGAGAAUACUGUGGUAAUGCUGAUAAGGAUAAUGUUGGAGAUAUUGGUGAGUUGUGGCCUAGUGGAUGAGAAUGGGUUAAUCCGGGGCUGCUACGAGCUGGCAUUGCUGACCCGCGACAUCCACCCCUCCAACAUACUUUUGGCCAAACUCAUACAAACUUCCAAACUCACACAACUCCUACACCAGCCCGAACAUUCCACCCUUUCACACAACUCGGAAAUGAGCAACUCGGAAAUGAGCAACUCGGAAAUUAUUUACUCAGAUGUAAAUAACUCUGAGAUAAUUAACUCGGAGAUUAGUAGCACAGAUGUGAGUUUGAGAAUGUUGGAGAUACUAUCACUAUUAAUUUACCGUAAGAAGGAGAUGAGUAACGUGUUGAACAUACGUAGACUGGUGAGUACAAAGCUGAGAAACGGAACUAAUGAACCAAAUGUAAAGAAUACAAUUAGCGUGGCCCCUGGUACCCUGGGUGGUGCUAUAGGUCACUCGUACCCCGUGGCAUUUCCCGACACCUUCCCACUCCUCCCAAGACAUCAGCAACUUCAACAACACAUCAACUACUACAACCAAAUCGUUCUUCUAAUCACCAGGAAAUAUUUGACUAGUUGUUACAGCAGUUCGAAGACCAGUGAGGUGACCCAGGAACCACAGGGUGCCAGCACUAACCCCGUAAAACCUGUGAACGGUAAAUUACCUCAGGAUAUGGUAAAACCCGGGGAACAAACAUUUUUUAGCCUGUACCACCAGAGAAACAUUUAUAACACAGAACACACAAUUGGAUGUACAAAUGAUUACAUGAAUGUGAAUGGAGUUGUGGGUGAGAUUGGGACAUUCCAGGACCUGGAGCUGAGCCUGCAAGAGUUUGACUUGACUGCCGAUUUGGUCCCCGUGAUAGAGGACAAUUUCUGCAAAGUUGUCCAGCUUGACAGUAAAUUUAACCGCGUGAAAACGCUAAACGUCACGUUUAACAAUUCUUACAUGUGUGACUACUUCACACACGGUAGAUUCGCAGUACUGAGAGACUCCAACGGCCUGGGCCAGUACGCCUGGAACUAUUUAAAGAAGUUUAUCGUGUUCUUGCAACACUUUAAAUUCGCACUUAAAACUUACACAGCGCAUCUAAACACCGAUGAUCCGCUCUUCAACCACCUCAAACACCUACUCGACAAAAUCGAACCAACCUUCAAUAAAAUAUAAUAUACUCAAAUUCCACA